AUGGACGGAAAAAACAAAUUCGUGAGCCCAUUUUACCGACCAUGGAUGACAACGUAUGGAGCUGCUGCACCAGCAGGUGGAUCCAACAAGGGCUUGAAGGGCAUCGUUGCCGGUGGAAUUACUGGAGGUAUAGAAAUAUGUAUUACUUAUCCAACUGAAUAUGUAAAAACACAAAUUCAACUAGACGAAAAAGCUGGUGCUAGAAAAUAUAAUGGUAUAAUGGAUUGUGUUAAAAAGACUGUGAAAAGCCAUGGUGUAUUUGGUCUAUAUCGUGGACUUAGUGUGUUACUUUAUGGAUCCAUUCCAAAAUCAGCUGUUAGGUUUGGUGCAUUUGAAGCUCUUAGCACUCAAAUGACAGGAGGCAAUGGAGAAUUAACAGCUACUCAAAGAGUCUUGUGUGGUCUUGGUGCUGGUGUGUCUGAAGCCAUACUUGCAGUCACCCCAAUGGAAACCGUGAAAGUGAAGUUUAUCAAUGAUCAACGACUAGAAAAACCAAGGUUCAAAGGUUUUUUCCACGGGACCAGUAUUAUCAUCAAAGAACAAGGUAUUAGUGGUGUUUAUCAAGGAUUGAUGCCAACUAUAUUGAAACAAGGUACUAACCAAGCAAUUCGAUUUUAUGUGAUGGGUGCAUUAAAAAAUCUCUACAAGGGCGAUGAUCCUAACAAACCAGUACCUAAACUAUUAGUUGGAGUUUUUGGUAUGGCAGCAGGUGCCGCUAGUGUGUACGGUAAUACACCAUUAGAUGUUGUUAAGACACGCAUGCAAGGACUAGAAGCCCAUAAGUACAAGAGCACAGUUGACUGCAUGGUUCAAAUAUGGAAAAAAGAAGGACCCACAGCGUUUUACAAAGGAACUGUGCCACGUCUUAGCAGAGUGUGUUUGGAUGUUGGUAUAACAUUCAUGAUUUAUGAUUCAUUUAUGGAUCUCUUCAAAAAAGUAUGGCCUUGA